AUACUGUGAAGCUCUCCGCCCUCGCCUCGUCACAUCUGCCGCUGCUCUUGUCCGUCUCCUUUCGCCAUUGGAUCCGGUGCGUGGGACAGAAAGUUACCCUUCAUUCAUUACAAAGCCCUGAAAUGCCUGUGAUAAGAAAUCCGGCAGCUGAGAAAAGCACAAAGGAUGAGAGGACGGCAAGCUGUACUGUGCGCUCCCGAAAGAGAAAGGCAGAUGUGGCUAUUUUCUUGCAAGACCCAGAUGACACUUUGGAUUGCUUGGAAAUGACAAAGAAAAAACAAUAUCAAGAUAGGGGACCAUGGAGCAAUGAAAUGACAUGCAAAAGCCCCCACAAAUUGAUUCCUACACCUGAAAAAGAGGAACAUGAGCCAAACCCUACAAGCUACCCGCACUUUGCUUCGCUCCGGUUCAGUCCAGUCAGCGCUUCUCCUCUUCCACGUCUUGGGUGGGCUAAUCAAGAUGAUGUCUGGAGGAAUAUGUUAAACAAAGACCGAAUUUACCUGAGGGACAAGAAUUUCUUUGAGAAACACCCCCAGCUGCAACCUAAUAUGAGGGCAAUCCUUCUAGAUUGGCUAAUGGAGGUUUGUGAAGUGUACAAACUUCAUAGAGAAACAUUUUACCUAGCACAAGAUUUCUUUGAUCGGUUUAUGGCAACUCAAAAAAAUGUAAUCAAAAGUCGACUGCAGCUUAUUGGAAUCACAUCUUUGUUCAUUGCUGCUAAGAUGGAGGAAAUAUACCCUCCAAAGCUGCAUCAGUUUGCAUUUAUCACAGAUGGUGCCUGCACAGAAGAUGAGAUUACAAGUAUGGAGCUGAUCAUAAUGAAGGAUCUUGAUUGGUGCUUAAGUCCAAUGACUAUGGUUUCUUGGUUUAAUGUCUUCUUGCAAGUUGCAUAUAUAAGAGAACUGCAGCACUUUCUGCGCCCCCAGUUCCCUCAGGAAGUUUAUAUACAGAUAGUGCAGCUGCUGGAUUUGUGUGUGCUUGAUAUUUGUUGCCUGGAUUAUCCAUAUGGGGUUCUUGCAGCUUCUGCCUUGUAUCAUUUUUCUUGUCCUGAACUAAUGGAAAAAGUUUCAGGGUUUAAGCUGACAGAGUUACAAGGGUGCAUAAAGUGGCUUGUUCCUUUCGCAAUGGCCAUUAAGGAUGGUGGGAAAUCAAAGUUAAAAUUUUUUAAAGGUGUUGAUAUUGAAGAUGUUCACAAUAUACAGACACACACUGGUUGUUUGGAACUGAUGGAAAAGGUUCAUAUCAACCGGGCUGUAUUAGAGGAGCAGAACAGGGCAUCGCCAAUACCAAGUGGUGUUCUGACUCCUCCCCAGAGUGAUAAAAAACAGAAAUCUGAUCCAGCAGACUAACAGUUCUCUGACUUUGUCCAUCACACUUGUCCUUUAAAUGGAGACUGUAAGCUUUUAUGAACUUUUACUUUGAUACCACUUUUACUCAAAGUGAUUUAAAAGGAAAGGCUAUAGGAAAUCUGAAAAGGAUCACGUGAUCAAUAUGCUGCUAUGGAGGAAGUAUGGCUAUACUUGAUGGAGAUCAGCUGCUGGGGGCCAAGAAAAACAAUGUCCUACCAUAUAACGUAGACUGUACCUGGACUUCAGAUGAGCUAAUCAAAGUGCAAUUUCUUUUUUAAAGAAUCUGGCAUGAGUGUUGCCAUUUUAUUUCUUUUUAACUUUAAAAUGAAUGCUGCUACAUAUUUUUUCUUUUAAUAAAGAUGCCGUCUAGAAGACAGCUGCUUUUUAAUA